AUAAAUAACAUUUAUGAUUUUGUAAUUUAAUUAGUUCAUAUUUUAAAAUGUGUGAUGAAGAACAGUCCUUGGGUGAUUUUUUUGCAAAGAAAGAUAAAGGCAAAAAAGCAAAAAAAACAAAAAAAGUUAAAUCAAUUAGUGAAAUAGUUGUGGAAUCAAAUCCUGCUGAUACUGAAUCCAAACAGGUUAAAGAUGAAUGGAAAGAUUUUGAGGAAAAAAAGCAAAAAGAUUAUUCUAGUCUAAAAAUUCAAGAUCUUCAAGUAUCCGAAGAAGUGAAUAAAGUAGAUACAGAGAGCGAUGAAAAUAAUGAUGUCGAAGAUAUUGAAGGAGGAGUAAAGAAAAUAAAAUCUGAAAAAGGUAGUUCUAAAUGGGGAGAAACUCAAGCAUUACCACAACCAGUGUUAAAUGAUAAUGCAACUAAAGCAACUCGUGAAGAUGGUAAAUAUAUUCCUCCUAGCAUGAUAAAAAGAAUGCAAGAAAAUCAAAAAAAUCCUAGAUUAAGAAAUGGUGCUCCGCCAGAUCUAUCCAAUCAAGCUCUUUUUCCUUCGCUUAGUGCCGCUAGCCAGACAUCUGAAAGAACUUCUAAUGAUUUUGAAGUAGUUAAGCGAGGGACUCGAUCCAAUGAUGCUCAUGUGGUUGACAAUAGACCAGGUUUAGAUUUAGGUAAUAGAUACGACGGUCUUAGAAGCUAAUCAUUUGAAAUUAUAUGUUGGGCUAAAAUAAUUUAGCCGAAAGUAGUACAAGAAUUGAACAUCAGUAACAAAUGAAGAAAAUCACAAUAGAAAUUAAUUUACGUAUUACGGUUAUCUUUUAAAACAGAAUUUCGACAGCUUAAUAGUUUAAGUAAUUUUUAUUCAGAAAGUUUGAAAAUAUGUAACAUUUGUUAUGGUUAAGAUCAAAUUUUACUAGGUUUAAAUUUGUCCUAGUAUUUUUUGUAUAUUUUUUUUUAAUGCUUGACUUAUUUGAUAUAGAUAUAAAUAAUAACACUAUUUUGUGUGUAUAAAGUCGUGAAACUGAAAUCUUUUUUAAUUGUUUUUGCUCGAAGUUCAAAAGUAGUUUUAUUAAAGAAGUUUAUAUCGAGGAAGAAGAUCUUUGCUUCAUUUUCUAUUAUUAUUAUUAUUAUUGCAAUUAGAUUACAUUUAUUGCCGGUUCGUUUUGUUGUUGUUUUUUUUAAAUAUAUUAUCUUGUAAUUUUUAUUUCUUUAUUAAUAUGAUGCAGUUUUGAACUCGCAUAGGUAA